AACGGGGAACUUAGAAAGUGUCAGUCCCUCGGCUGGUCGCCGGAGCUGAGAACCAAGAGCUCGAAGGGGCCAUGUGACACUCCUCCCGGACCCCUGGACACGCACAGCCCCAGAGACUGGAGGCUUGGAGCAUGGCAAGUCCAGAGCACCCUGGGAGCCCUGGCUGGAAGGGACCCAUAACACAGUGCACAGCAAGGACCCAGCAGGAAGCACCAGCCGCUGGCCCUGACCUCCCGCACCCAGGACCUGACAGGCAUUUAGACAUGCAUAGUGGCCUGAGCUCCAACUCCAGCAUGACCACGCGGGAGCUCCAGCAGUACUGGCAGAACGAGAAAUGCCGCUGGAAGCAUGUCAAACUGCUCUUUGAGAUCGCCUCAGCUCGCAUCGAGGAGAGAAAAGUCUCUAAGUUUGUGGUGUACCAAAUCAUCGUCAUCCAGACUGGGAGCUUUGACAACAACAAGGCCGUCUUAGAACGGCGCUAUUCCGACUUCGCAAAGCUCCAGAAAGCGCUGCUGAAGACGUUCAGGGAGGAGAUCGAAGACGUGGAGUUCCCCAGGAAGCACCUGACGGGGAACUUCGCGGAGGAGAUGAUCUGCGAGCGUCGACGCGCCCUGCAGGAGUACCUGGGCCUGCUCUACGCCAUCCGCUGCGUGCGCCGUUCCCGGGAGUUCCUGGACUUCCUCACGCGGCAGGAGCUGCGCGAGGCGUUCGGCUGCCUGCGGGCCGGCCAGUACCCGCGCGCCCUGGAGCUGCUGCUGCGCGUGCUGCCGCUGCAGGAGAAGCUCACCGCCCACUGCCCCGCGGCCGCCGUCCCGGCCCUGUGCGCCGUGCUGCUGUGCCACCGCGACCUCGACCGCCCGGCCGAGGCCUUCGCGGCAGGAGAGAGGGCCCUGCAGCGCCUGCAGGCCAGGGAGGGCCAUCGCUACUACGCGCCUCUGCUGGACGCCAUGGUCCGCCUGGCCUACACGCUGGGCAAGGACUUCGUGUCUCUGCAGGAGAGGCUGGAGGAGAGCCAGCUCCGGAGGCCCACGCCCCGCGGCAUCACCCUGAAGGAGCUCACCGUGCGAGAAUACCUGCACUGAGCCGGCCUAAGACCCCGCAGGGACGCUGGAGAUUUGGGGUCACCAUGGCUCAUGGUGGGCUGUGUGGGGUUCUUCUUCUUCUUUUUUCCUUUUUCCUUUUCUUUUUUGUUAUUUGAGACAGUCUUGCUCUGUCACCCAGUCUGAAGUACAGUGGCUCAAUUAUGUCUCACUGCAGCCUCAAACUCCUGGGCACAAGCAAUCCUCCCACCUCAGCCUCCCAAGUAGCUGGGA